UAAGAAGGCCUUCAUGGCUAUAAAAUGUAGCAUAGUUCUUGAAGUCUCAGUCACUCACACACUAGACAGGAGUGUAAGUUGUAAGAACUAUGGCUCUUCGAUUAACAUAUUGGAUCCUCUUCUUUCAUCUUUUGUUCUUAAUGUGUGACCAUGGCAAUGGAGCAAGGGAUAUUGUAGCUAAACAAGACUGGAAACAAGUGGAGAUGACAGACCAACCUGACUCAGCUAGCCAUGAAACUACAUCAGGCACCAAAGAGUCAGAUUACACAACUGCGUACAGAACUACAGAUGCUAAAAAGUCAGGUUAUGUAGCACAAGGUGGUUAUGCAGCUGCUUACAGUUACAGCUCUAAACAAGAUGCAAAAGACAGUUACAAAACUGCUUAUGGUACCAAAGAAGCCUCCAAAGACUCUGAGAUGGAGCACAAAAAGCAUUGCGACCAUGCUAAUGGAAGGAAGCAUGUACCUAAGCAACACUUGAAGGAUGCAAAAAAUUUAGGUUAUGUUGGUGGUUAUGCAGCUGCUUACAGUUACGGCUCUAAACAAGAUGCCAAAGACAGUUACAUAACUGCUUAUGAAACCAGAAAAGAUGCAAAAGACAAUUACAUAACUGCAUACACUAAGCGAGAUGCGAAAGAUGGUUAUGUAACUCAAUAUGGUACUAAAGAUGCUUCAAAGAACUCUAGAAUGAAGCACGAAAAGCAUGGUGAGGUGGAGGAAGUAGCUAAUCACUUAAAACAAGGGAAGGUGGAAAACCAGAAAGAGAUGGACCGACCUUACAUAGCUGGGUAUAACAAAAACAGGGAAGCAAAUUACAUAACUUCAUAUAAUAGCCAAGCUACAAAAGAUAGUUACAUAUCUAAAUAUAGGACUAAAGAGGCCUCAAAAAACUCUGGGAUGGAGCACAAAAAGCAUGAUGGAGUGGAGGAUGUAACUAACCAGAAAGAGAUGGACCAACCUUACAUAGCUGGGUAUAACAGAAAUAAGGAAGCAAAUUACUUAACUUCUUAUGGAACCAAAGAAGAUGCAAAAGACAAUUACAAACUCAAUAGCAACAUAACUCAAUAUGGAGAUGCCUCGAAAAACUCUAGGAUGGAUCACCAAGAGCAUGAUGGAGUGGAGGAUGUAACUAACCAGAAAGAGAUGGACCAACCUUACCUAGCUGGGUACAGAAAAGAUGCAAAGGACAAUUACAUGGCUCAGUAUAGAACUAGGCAAGAAGCAAAGGAAUCUCCAAUCCAAGAGUCAGAUCAACCUUACAUAGCUGGCUAUAGAAAUAAGCAAGAGGUGAAGGAGUCAAAUUACAUAACUUCAUUCGGCGAUAGAGAAGACUCUAAAUCAUCAGUGAUCGAGCAUGAAAAUAAUAUGAAACCAAAGCCAUCAUCUCACAUGGAUCAUUUGGGAGCAUUCAAGUCAGGCUUUUUCACCAUGGAUGAUUUGUUUGUAGGGAAUAUAAUGCCACUUUACUUUCCCAUACAAGAACUUUCUGAGUUCUUGCCCAGGGAAGAAGCUGAUUCCAUUCCUUUCUCCAUGCCCCAACUCCCAAACGUCCUUCAACUCUUCUCAAUCCCUAUAGAUUCUCCCAAUGCCAGAGCAAUGGAAGACACACUCCAACAGUGUGAAGCUACACCCAUCACAGGGGAGACCAAGCUCUGUGCUACCUCUUUAGAGUCCAUGCUUGAUUUUGUGCAUAGCAUCACGGGCUUAUGGGCUAACCUGAAUGUUCUGACAACUAAACACCCCACAAUGUCAACUUCCUUGACACAGAAUUAUGAUGUUUUAAGAGUUUCAAAGGAACUUUAUGCUCCUAAAUGGGUUGCUUGUCAUCCUUUGCCUUACCCUUACAAGAUUUUCUUCUGCCACUUCAUAGAGAAUACCAAGAUUUUCAAGGUUUUACUUGGUGGUGAGAAUGGACAUAAGGUGGAAGCUGUUGCUGUUUGCCACAUGGACACUUCUGAUUGGGACCCUAACCACAUUCUAUUUCGCCAACUUGGUGUCAAGCCUGGCUCAUCUCCAGUAUGCCAUUUCCUCCCAAAAUAUCAUCUUGUUUGGGUUCCAUCAACAACAACAGCCUCUAUCUAAAGAGGUAGCUCUGUUGCCUUUCUAUUGUGUAGAUGUUAAAUAAAGGUCAAUCAGAGAGUUCUUGUAAUAUAGUGGACAUUGUGUUUCUGCUUGUAUUGGUGCUUAAUUUCUAGUUUCUUGUCUGUAUGUUUUAUGUGAGGAAGAUCACGCGUACUUCAGAACUUAGCCGAGGUGCCCUUUAUGUACAAAGGGUUGGACUUUGGUCGCAGUUAUUAGUGUAUGAAAGAUGGUGCUUGUUUUAUGAGUUACAAAGUGUUUUCCUUUCA